AUGGAAGCUCUCUCAAUCGGCCGAGGCAAUCCUAGAGUGUACACGGCGUCCGUGCCGGAGCCCCACCAUCACCGCCGUGCCCGUACCCGCAAUACUAGGUGAUCUACUUUGGAAAGAACGAGGCGUAGAAUCGUAAGACCAUGCUUUCAAUUCAAUCAACUACACGUUUUGACUUCUUUUCGCCAAAGGUCUAGUGCCGCUUAAAAGAGCAAUUUUUUCACCGUCUAGUCGAUUCCAUGUGACAAAACAACCAAUAAACAUUGAUGAUUAAUAAUGAUGAAGGAAAAGACGAGCCAUUUUCGGUCAAUGCAAUCCCACAAACCGAUUAUCAACUGCUCAUUUAUUCCAUAACUCAGCAGAUGAACUUCUUCGAAGUCUGAAGUGAGGAAAUCUGAAAAAAAGUUGAUUGAGGAAAUUCAUUUGGGAAAUAAUAUUUCGGUUUGAAUUGGAAAGCAAAAUAUUCUAAAAAUCAACUGAAAUUGAUUAAAAAAAAGAUUUUAAAUGUGUUUUCAAAAUUAAAGAAUCUAACGUAUAAAACUCUUGGCAGUCGUGAAAUUAAAUUUCAUACUGUCUUGACAAUUUCGAGAAAUUGGCUAAACUUAAAAUGAACAUGGACUUCACAAAAUAAAAGUAAGUGAGUUUUCAAAAUUUUAUUUUAGCUUUUCCGAAACUAUAUAUACAGAAACUACUCCAUAACUUACUGUGUUGGCAAGAAUAUUUCUUGUCAAAUCGAUUUACUCGACUCGUAAAUCAAGCAAUUUGCUUGGAGGCCGGACAUGAGAGGAUCAAAAACUGUGAGUCUUUGUCCUAAUAGGUGCGAAAAGAUCCAACUUCGGGGGACGCGACUCGAGCGGCAGUUUGGAGUACGAAGAGUCGUAUUUUGCACAAAAUGGUUUUUUUGCCAACUCUCUCGUUUACCGUUGCCCAUCGCUUUCUUACAAAAACUUUUUAAAACGCAUUGAAGAUAUUUUUUUCUGAUUUGAUACGUCAGUGGAAAUCGUUCCUUCACCCAGUGACAAUGUUCCUGGUGUGGACAUUGUUUUAAUCGGUUUCCACUAGUUUUUUUCUGCAAGCCCCAAGUUUGUUUUUCUUUUUUUUUUUAAAUUUUGCUAUGUGUCCUCAUCAAAGUUUUUUGUCAGAAUCAAAUGUCACUCUGGUCAGUUCCAAUAAUCAACACGCAUUUAUUUUUAAUUUUUUGUAUUGAUUCGAGCUACAUUCACUCUUCUUUUGCACCGAGCUCUUUUCAAUUCCAGCUGAUUCAAAAAUUUUCAGGCGACAACAUAUUUCAAUCAAUAUGGCAAUGGAGAAGAGAAAGACUGUCUCAAGAGAUCAAGCGAAAAAAGAAAAAGAGCCGACGACUGAACCAUCUCAACACAUCAUCCCAAUAGAUGAGAAUUCAACGGGUGGUUAUCGAAGUGAGUUAACAAUUUUAACCUGUUUUUCGAGAGCUUUUGACCAUUUUUUAGACAAAGCCGACGAGAACUCCGAGCCGAAGCCUGUCGUCUAUAAAAAUAGGUGGGCGGCACUUGGUCAGUUUUUCUUUUAUCUGGCUCCAAAAGUUGAAACUUUUUUAAAGAUUUUUUGGCGAACUGUACUCAGGACAACCCGAAAAAGCCGCUCUCCGAUUGUUAUGGAGGUAUCGAUCGAAAAGGUUAUUUUUCCUCUCCUCUCAUCAGAGCAACAAGAAGUGGCGAUCAAUUUGUUUUUUUACCAGAAGUUGAAAAAAACUUUGACGAAGUUAUAAAAAAUGGUUUUCAAUAUCUUUUCCAGAUUUGAUUGCCUACGAAUUGAUGAUACCUCACGGCCCACCUGAUCUCGAGCCGCGGCCAAAAAGACGAGGAAUUCUAGCCAUGCGGCGUGAGAAAGGUGAUAUACUUUCGAAAUUCUAUCAGUUAUGAUUAUUGUUGGCUACAAGCUUUUUUUAAAUUUAUCGUUUUUUUCUUUAGAAGGCAAAAACUGAGCAAAAUUUAUGUUAGAUUGCCUAGCGUAAAACUUUCCUUACUUGGCCUGGAAAAUAUUCUUUUCUAAUUGUUCUUUAGAGUUUGUAUUUCUUGAAAGAUUUUGCAGCGUCUAUAAAAAUUGGGAGCAAAAGGGGAAUUGUUCAAGUUUUUCGAAGAGAAAGCAGAGAACGAGUCAUUCAGAUUAUACAUAUUUUCCCAAAAAUUUUGUUAGUAACUUUGAAAUUUUCAGAAAAAUCGAAGCGUGGUCUUCCUGAAGAUUUGCUCUUCAAGAAACCGUAUCCACCUGGAGUCCCGGGUAAGAUUUGGAAUUUUUUUUCAACAAACUUUCAGCGAGUUAAACAUUGAAAAUUUUUUUGUUUUAAGCUCCACGGAAGACGAACGUCUGGUCAAAUAAGGCCUACAGAAGAUUGCCACAAAAGUCUCUCUGGAAUCCUUACAGUGAGUUUUCCUUGAAUUAUAACUCGCAAAAAAAAACUUUUUAGUGCCUCCAAGGUCUAUGCCUGAAAGACCAUUGAAAGGUUUCAAAACGAUCGACGACCUUUAUUUAUGA